GCGGGCGCUGCGGGCGGGGAGCGCUGCCCGCGGCAUGGCCCUGGCCCCGGCCCCGGCCCCGGCCCCGGGCGGGCCCCCGCCGGGGGGCACCUCGGCGGGGGACAUGGAGCGCUACUACCGCCUGCUCCGCGCCGCCGCGCUGCUGGAGGCCGCCGCCGCCGAAACUGCAAUCCCCAUCUGUGCCAAGGACAUCAGUGAUGAUCUGAUGAAAGAGUUUGCUUUUCUGUCUGGUGGAAGGGGCAAGGACAGGGCGUGGAUCAUCACCCUCCCUGACAACGCUGGCUUCAACCAGGUGCCCGAGGAGAGCGUGGCCCGAGUCCUGACCUACCUGACCUCAGUGCCCAGUCAGCAUGAGUCUGACACCAAAUUUAUCCUAAUCCUGGAUAGAAGACUGGACACAUGGACAUCAGUAAAAACGACUCUCCAAAAAAUAGCAGCAUCCUUCCCAGGGAACCUGCACUUGGUGAUGGUCCUGCGGCCCACGGGCUUCUUCCAGCGCACCUUCACCGACAUCGGCUUCCGCUUCAGCCAGGAGGAUUUCCUGCUCAAGUUACCGGUGGUGAUGCUGAGCUCGGUCAGUGACCUGCUGACCUACAUCGAGGAGCAGCAGCUGACCCCGGAGCUGGGGGGCACGCUGGAGUACUGCCACAGCGAGUGGGUCAUCUUCAGGACGGCCAUCGAGAGCUUUGCCCUGACUGUGAAGGACAUUGCCCAGAUGCUGCAGUGCUUCGGCACGGAGCUGGCGGAGGCGGAGCUGCCCGAGGACAUGUACUCCAUCGAGCGCCUGCUGGCCCUGCGCACCGAGCGCUACUGCCAGCUCAAGGAAGAUAUCACAGCAGUCACAAAAGAGGGAAAGUUGCUUUUGAGCAGUUUUGAAGAGCCAGACUCAGGGGAAUGCAGUCAGGACCAGCAGCAGGAGAGGCCUGGGGACUGGGAGACGGUGAAUCGGUUGCUUGGUCAGCUGCGUGAGAUGGAGACUGCUUUUGAUGGCUUCUGGGAAAAGCACCAGUUAAAAAUGGAACAAUAUUUACAACUCUGGAAGUUUGAGCAAAGUUUUCAAGAGGUCAAGAAUGCCAUUGAAUUUUUAAUGGCCCAGCAGGCGGAGCUGCCCGACACCGGCGACAGCGUCGCACAGGUGAAGCAGAGGCUCAAGGACCUGGAGCACUUCGAUGGCAUGGCUCAGGAGCUGAUAGGGAAGGCUCAGGUGGUGAUCCUGCACGGGCACCAGCUGGCAGCCAACCACCACUACGCCCUGAACCUGAUCUGCCAGCAGUGCAACGAGCUGCGGCACCACUCCGACCUCCUGGCCGAGCACAGCAAGAGGAAGCAGCAGCGCCUGCAGAAGACCUUGGAGCUCCACACCCGCCUUCAGCAGGCUCUGCAGUGCUGUGAUGAAGGUGCCUACCUGCUCGCCAACCAGCAGAUGGACAAGUGCCAGUCUAAAGAGGGUGCCCAGAAAGCACUCCAGGACAUAGAAAGAUUUCUUGAGAGCUCUUCAUCCUACUUAAACCAUGAUCCCCAAGCCCUACAGGACGAUUUUGAGGCGGUUUUGACACCUGAGCUGAAGGGCCAGAUCCAGGCGGUGCAGGUGAAGCUGGAGAACGUGCGCAGCAUGUUUGAGAGCAGGCAGUGCUGCUUCAGGAGGCUGCUGGACAAGCACGUGCGGCCCGUGCAGCUCGUGGCUCCUCGGCCAGAGACCCCACCCCGGGCCAAGUCCCCCCUGUUCUCUCCUAAGCACGGUGUAGAUUUUAAUUCCAGUUUGAAAUUUUCAUUUGAUCUCUCUCUCCCUGGGAAGAAAACGUCAAGAAAAACUCCAAGUUCUCGCAAGAUCGAGGUCAUGCACGACUACCAGGAGAAGAGGAAUUCCUUGCAGUAUUUCAUUUCAGACAGUGAGGACAGCUUGGAUGUGCUGAAAGGCCAUGUCAUAAAUGAGCUUAUAGAAACAGAGAGAGUGUAUGUGGAGGAGCUCUUCACAGUUCUGACGGGCUACAGAGCUGAGAUGGAUAACCCUGCCAUGCUGAUCCUGCUGCCCCCCGUGCUGAGGAACAGGAAGGAUGUUCUCUUUGGAAACAUGCCUGAGAUCUAUGACUUCCACAACAAGAUUUUCCUGCACAGUCUGGAAAGCUGCCUGGGAGCACCCGAGAGAGUGGGAUGUUGUUUCCUAGACAGGAGGGAGGAUUUCCAGAUGUAUGAGAAGUACUGCCAGAACAAGCCCCGCUCCGAGUCCCUGUGGAGGCAGUGCUCUGAGAGCUCCUUCUUCCAGGAGUGCCAGAGGAAAUUGGAGCACAAGCUGGGGCUGGAUUCCUACCUGCUCAAACCCGUGCAGCGCCUGACCAAGUACCAGCUACUGCUGAAGGAGCUGCUAAAGUACAGCACGAGCUGUGAUGGAGUUCAGGAACUUCAAGAAGCUCUGGUUGCAAUGUUGGAUUUGCUGAAGUCAGUCAAUGACUCCAUGCAUCAGAUUUCAAUCACAGGAUAUGAUGGUGACCUGAGCGAGCUGGGGAAGGUAUUGAUGCAGGGAUCUUUCAGUGUUUGGGCAGGACACCGAAAAGGGCCCACAAAGAUGAAGGAUCUGGCCAGGUUCAAGCCCAUGCAGAGGCACCUGUUCCUGUAUGAGAAAGCCUUGGUCUUCUGCAAGAAGAGAGAGGAGCACGGAGAUGGAUAUGACAAAACCUCAUCUUACAGCUUUAAGCACUUCCUGAAAAUGAAUGCAGUUGGGAUAACUGAGAAUGUGAAAGGAGACCAUCGGAAAUUUGAGAUCUGGUACAGUGGGAGAGAGGAGGUGUAUGUGGUGCAGGCCCAAACAGUAGAUCUGAAGAUGGCAUGGUUGAAUGAAAUAAGAAAAAUUUUGUUCAAGCAGCAAGAGCUUAUAAAAGCAGGGGAGAAGCAGCAGCCUGGCUCGUGCUCGGAGCAGCUCCCACUCUCCUCCCAGCUGGGGGACAGGAAGCAGCAGAGAGCCUCCAUCAGCUCGGAGGAGAACGACUCGGAGCGCACCAGCCCGGUGCUGCAGGACAGCGGGCUGCUGUCCCCCCAGAGCAAACCCCACAGAGGCUGGCCAGGAAUGUCGCAGUCCCUGGAGAUCUGCGAGGGGCUGGAGGAGUGGGCGGGCCAGCAGGAGCUGUCCAACUGCUCGGACACCGAGGAGGAGGAGGGCACCCAGCUGUCUCCAGGAAAAUACAAAGCCCUUGCAGACUGCAAGAGGAGAGGAUCAGAGGACCUGCUGGUGAAAAAUGGGGAUGAAAUUCAGCUCUUGCAUGAAGAUGGUUGGUGAAAAACCUCAACAGAAGAAAAGAAGGCUGGAUCCCUGUGCACAGUCUGCAGAUUGUAGUCGGGGACUGCAGAUUUCGGAAUGCCAAAGUUGCAGGUAUUUGACAGCACGCCUAGCAGAACUUUUCCAUAGCUCAAACCAGGUCUUUUAAGCCAUUUGCAUUACACCUGAUGUACUAAAUCUGGCUGCAUAUGCCUCUGCUGGAAAAAUAGGAAAGCAAGCAGCUAUUCCAAAAAGCCUGCUAAAGUAGUAAAUUAAGCUUUUUUGGUUUGUUUGUUUAAGACGUUUCUGAGACUUUAGGCACGAGUAAAUUAAAACCAAGCGUUUAAAAACGUAGAUUUCAUUGCGAGAGCACUGGGUAGAAGACCGGGGAGAAGAGACGGAGUCUGACCAGGGAUUCCCAGGACUGUUUGCCUCCUCCCUGCUGUAGCUCACACCCCUCCUGUGGGAGCAGGAGGUACCAAACCAAAUCUCCUCCUGCUGCUAAAGACAUCGUGGCCUGACCCCAGCACUCUAAGGCAAUACUUCCUCCCUGCUGCCUCACUCCUGCCCUCACUGCUGCCUGCUGGUUAAUCCACCCUUAGAUAAAGUUUAUAAUAAACAGGUUUCAGCCAAAGGCUUGGGGUCUCCAAACCCAGAGUUCUCAUUUUCUAGCUGUAACUGUACAUAGAAAUAGACAGGGAAGCAUAAGAGAUGACACAAGAAAAUGCCUUAAGAGCAGCCUGUUGCCCUUGCCCUUGCAGUGUCACUGCUCCAUGUGUUGCCUCAUCACCACGCUGUCCUCUGCAAAUGGGACACCAGGGCUGGAGAUGGAACAGCUCAGGAAGCCACAGAGACCUAGUUCAUUAAAAAAAAUAGUUAAAAUUACUAGCUCUAACUGUAUGAAGCAAAUCUUGCAAGGAGAUUUCUCUUAAAUACUUUUUUCUGUCAGAAUCUGUGUUUUUUGGUGAAGGUGAAGGAAGCCAUCAGAAAGGUUUAAAAUUCCAGUCAGCUCUUGAUGGUUUUUUGGUGUAUUUCAGUGAAAUCCUUCCUAUACAGAAGGUUUUUUUAUCCCCUUUGUUGCAGGGCAGUCAAAUCUCACAGGGUGAAGGUUUGCUGAUUUUCUGUAAGGGGUAGUUUGCUAACCAAUGUUCAGAGUUUCUGGCACCCUGCAGUUAUGGCUCCCUUGAUCUUCUCUCCAUGUAGAGCCUCCCCAUCUCACCAGGUCCUUUGCAGAAGAGUUUUCCAGCUGAGAAUGCAUCUCAAAAAAAGGUGCUGGGAAACUUUGAACCCUGGUUUGCAUUGUCAGUGGUCAUAUCUCCAAAAACCUAGAGGCUGUCAGCUCUGGACUGGUUUAUAAAGUUGCUGAGUACAAAGUGAGGGGAAUUGCACGGGGUGAAACCACAGAAAAUGCCUCCUGUGAGUCCCACACCACUGCCCAGGUACUCCAGAGCCAUGUCCAGGCUCUGAGAGCACUGGAGCUGUUUUCCCUGUGAAGGUAACUGUUCUCUUUGCUGUUUCUGAUGGUGCCUGCAGUCCCAAGGCAUGAUUCUAACCUUGCACACUCCAGGAAAUACUGGGGGAUGAUGCAGGAUGUCCUCUUGCUAUUUCCUAGAGCUUUUUAGCACUGUGUCCUUACAGCCAUAAACAACUUGCACUCUGAAAAUUGAUUUUCAUGCAAUUCUUCUGCACUCAGCAAUUGCCUUUACCCCGGGCUGGUCCCUUCACCCUGCAGGUGACACCGGAGUGGCUGGGCUGGGCUCUCUCCUGCUGCUUCAGGAGAUGGAGCUCUUGCUCCAGUUAGCAGAGGGGAAUCAGGGAGCCAGGCUGGUGGAGCCAGGCAGGGCAGGAGGAGCCUCAGAGCCCUCCGGGAUGUGAGCUGCCUGUGCUGGGAUGCUGCUUUGUGUGUGAGCAGUGUAAACUUGGCUGUGGGACCUCGGGAGCCUGGGGAGUGUUGGAGUCCUUCAGGGCUGGGGGAGAGGCACUUCUGGCACCUGUGGGGGCAGUGCCUGUCCUCCUGCUCAGCUCCAGGUUCCCCUAAUUAAAACUCUAUGUCCAGUGACAGGAUUUCAAAGCAGAAUCCAUACAAAUCUGGGGUUUGGGAUUUUUGUCAGGGCAAAGCCUUUAGCUGAAUAGAAUACAUGGUUCCCUUGCCUUCACAUUUCUCCUUGGGUUUAUCCUGUGGCCCACCUCAGGAUGGCUGAUACCUGCAUGCCCACAAGCUGUUCCUCUCCCCCUGCUAAUUAUUCCAGUGUUGAGCCAAUACAGAUCAUAAUGAAGUUACAGGGAACUCGUGGCUGUCCAUUUUAAGUGAGCAGAGGGGUAUUUGGUCAAUGUUUCACUUCCCAGCCAUCCCAGCUUUGCAAAUCCACGGUCCUCUUGUAAAUCUUGGCCUGGAGAUGAGCCAUGACUUCUCUGGGAGGAAGGUGGCUGGCUUAGAGAUCAUUUUGGAAAUGAGUUUUCCUUCUGGUGUGCCUCUAGCUGUAAGUUCUGAGAUUAUCCUUGCUGCUUUCUUCCAGGCAGGUUUAUUCUCUCUGCUGUGCAAACCCACGGUGGAUUUUUAAUGUGCAUGAUGAAGGAACAGUUUUGUAUUGCAGGUGGUAACAAGCAGAGCUCAAAAUGAAAAAUAUUUGGAGAGAACUGUGCUCAGAAAGAGCAAUACUCAGAAUGUAACUGCUGCUGAGGCUGACCCAUGUGUUGGUGCUUUCAGCUGCCUUGCAGGUGGUCAGGCAUUGCCUGGUUAACUGGCUUGGCUUUUCCAUGAAUUAAUACAGAGGUGCAAGAUUAUCUCCUCAUUUCAGGGAAGGCUGGGGCUCCAGCAUUACAAUCCCAGCUCCUCUUCUGCACUGGAGCAGGAGACAAAGCAUUUCUGCAUGUCCCUUGGUGGGCAGUGUGCCAGGGUCACAGUGUGCAGCACUGCAGGUCUGUGCCAGUGCAGAGGAGGGCUCUGACCUCUCAGCUGCACUGCAGGGCCUGGAACCAGGUUCCCUUUGAGCUCCCUUCCUGCCCAGGCCAUUCUGGUGAUUUAAGGUGGGCACAGUUCUACAUGCCAGACCCUCUCCUAGUUUAUUUAACAUCCUGCUUGCCAAAUCCUCUCCUCCAAGCCUUAGGGGGAUCCCCUGAGCCUGCUCUCCAUGCCAUAAAGCUGAGCACAGGUUUCCCCCCACUGGCAGUGCCUGAAGGACUGAGCUUGCAUGUCCUGUGUCCCCUGGACAGUCACUGGGAUUGUCCUGUGUCCCUGUUGGACAGGGCACUGGGAUUGUCCUGUGUCCUUACUGAACAGGGCACUGGGAUUGUCCUGUGUCCCUUGGGCAGGGCAUGGGGAUUGUCCUGUGUCCUUACUGAGCAGGGCACUGGGAUUGUCCUGUGCCCUUACUGAACAGGGCACUGGGAUUGUCCUGUGUCCUUACUGAACAGGGCACUGGGAUUGUCCUGUGUCCCCUGAACAGGGCACUGGGAUUGUCCUGUGUCCCCUGGACAGUCACUGGGAUUGUCCUGUGUCCCUGUUGGACAGGGCACUGGGAUUGUCCUGUGUCCUUACUGAACAGGGCACUGGGAUUGUCCUGUGUCCCUUGGGCAGGGCAUGGGGAUUGUCCUGUGUCCUUACUAAACAGGGCACUGGGAUUGUCCUGUACCCUUACUGAACAGGGCACUGGGAUUGUCCUGUGUCCUUACUGAACAGGGCACUGGGAUUGUCCUGUGCCCUUACUGAACAGGGCACUGGGAUUGUCCUGUGUCCCCUGAACAGGGCACUGGGAUUGUCCUGUGUCCCCUGGACAGUCACUGGGAUUGUCCUGUGUCCCUGUUGGACAGGGCACUGGGAUUGUCCUGUGUCCUCACUGAACAGGGCACUGGGAUUGUCCUGUGCCCCCUGAACAGGGCACUGGGAUUGUCCUGUGCCCCCUGGACAGUCACUGGGAUUGUCCUGUGUCCUUACUGAACAGGGCACUGGGAUUGUCCUGUGUCCCCUGGACAGUCACUGGGAUUGUCCUGUGUCCCUGUUGGACAGGGCACUGGGAUUGUCCUGUGCCCCCUGGACAGUCACUGGGAUUGUCCUGUGUCCCCUGGACAGUCACUGGGAUUGUCCUGUGCCUCUGGACACACUGGGCCUGCCUGAGCAGGCUGUUCCUGUCUGGCUCCAGCUUUGGCAGGCUGCUGUGGCAUGUUGGCUGAAAGGUGCCAGCUUUGCCCACGCUCUGGCUCCAGUGCCCCCACAGCUGGCAGCUGCAGCACAGCUCCUUCCCUGCCCCUCACAGCCUGCAGGGACUGCAGCCACAGGCCCUUGUGUCUGCCCAGGGCCCCUUAGAGGCAAUGCUGGUUUCUUUCUGGCCUUUGGAGCAUAAAGCAGGGUCUCCUGUGCCCUGCAGCUAUUUAGAAAUGCCAGAGCACCAUCUCCAGCCUGACAAAACAAGGAGCCUAGAGAGGAUCUCAGCUGGCCUUGCUGUGAUAAUGAAGUGAUAGCUGAUGGAAUUGAGUCCAGCCCUGUGGUCCUGCCCUAGUCAAGGCUCUCACUGAAGCCAGUGGGAGUUCAGCUUUUAGGGAGAAAUGUAGGAGUGCAUUUGUUUGGGUUUUUCUGUUAUACAAAUGUUCAUGAUUACAGGGAACAAUGUAUUUCUUGGAAUAAGAUGCUUUAAUAUUAACAUCAUUCUCCAUUACUUUAUAGAUGCUGCCCUGUGUAACACGAGAAAGUUUAGUUCCCCCUGAAUUGAGGGUGAACUAGCAGCAUCCUAUUUUCGAUGCUCUUUGGAAGCUUUCAGCUCAGUGUUACAGAGAAAUAGCACAGUAGUUGGAGCUGUCCUGUCCUGUUCAUCACAUUCACAGACCUCCACAGCCUCAUCUGCACUGAGUGGGACCGGGGUCCUAAGCAGCUUCUCAUGCUCAUAAAGGAAGCCAUUCUCUGCUCUUUGGUUUCUUUUGCCUGUGGAAAUUAUGGUAUUUUAUUAAUUUUUCCUGCUGUUUUUCCAUGACAUACAUCAUGUUUCAUCAGAGAAGUACCCUACAGUUUCCUGACACUUUGUUUAGAUGCUUGACAUUUCCUCUGCAGGUUGAAGUAGGUUUUGCCUGCUAAUUAGCUGACAACUGUUGAAGUUGCAAACAAGAGUUGAGUUUUGGUAAACCAAAAAGAAAAAAAAAAAAAAAAAAAACAAACCAAGAAGCUGUAUGUCCUGCUUAAUUGAUUUUAUGGGUGGAUUAUUCUUAAAUAUCUGCUUCAGCUAUGUGAAUGUAAUGUUCUGUAAGAGCAUCAUCUGGCUGACUCCAGUGUGAGGAAGCAAUAACACUAAAGAUCCUCUUUUUGCACUUAGGGUCUGACUCCAGCCCGCUGCAGUCAGCCUCCCUGAUUUCAGUGGGGUCUGGGUCAGGUCAAACUGACACCUCAGGGUUGUCACCAAUCACUUAGGGUCCCAAAGCGUCCCAGGGCUGAAACCUGUAUCUAGCAAGUGUUGAAGUUUACAUUAAUGUAUGUACCUUUGGAACACGUGCCAUAAAUCCCAGCUAAAUGUCCCUGUUUGCACUAAGGAUGUUCUUGUGAUAGGACUUUUUCAGCAUCUUUAACAAUAAGGUAUCUAUUGAAUUUUUGAGAAGGGAAAAAAGAAUGUUGAAGACUGGUAAUUUAAUUUUGUGUUUCUUUGUCUAGUUUUGCUUUUGUAGAACAUAGGUAGGUACAGGUGGUUUGAACUUUUAAGCAGAUGUGUGCAAAGAGCACCUGAGUGUGUGGAGGGCAGGGCUAAUGGUGUGCAUGCAGUGCUGAGUUUGCUCUGCCCCAGCCAAAGGAAAUGUUUGUUCCAUGGACUCGAGGGGACCUUUAUGAUCUGACCUUUAUUUGUGAGCGGGUCCUUAGGCACAGUCCCAGGCUGAGUUAGAACGUGCUGGGUUUGUUUUGUGCUGGUUUUGUGUGGAGCAGUGGCUGAGCUGCUGGCUGGGGUGGCCUGGGGCUCCCCAGCCCCCAGGGGCUGUUCCUCCAGGACUGGCUGAGCCCUGUGCCCCUCAGGGCCAGGACCAGCUGAGUCUGAGCUGUGCCCAGCACAUCCCCUGUCCUUCCCUGGAGUCACAGUCAGAGCUGUUCAACUGCUGAAGGCUCUUUGCCUCUGCUUUCAAAUCAAUCACAAUGCACUAAUCAGGUGGGAAAGUCUUAAUUACUGUUGGGGCUCUUUAUAGUGGUUACAAUUCUUGUGGUAACAAUACACAUUUUGAGGUACAACUGUAAAUAUUUGUCUGAAACAUAGCACACAUUGCAUAUUGAAUGAUUUUAAUCUUUUUUGUCUUCCAUAGUUUUAAAUCUAAGCUUUUAUUAAUUUAUGAGGUUGAUAAGUUCUGCAAAUCUGAAUGUACAGUCCGAGGUUUUUAACAUUUGAAACUUUGCACACAUGGUAUGUUCCCCUGAGUAUGCUGUUGAACUAGGCUCUCCAUGUAAUGUACAAAUUACAGUAGAGAAUUUUCUCUGACUGCGAGUUUAAAUGAGCUAUAUUGUAUAUGUACCUGUAAAAAUGUGUUAAAUCUAUAUUUAAAGAUUAAAAACUUGGUAAAUAAA